AUGCAAUCAAACAUUCAUUACAAAACUUUUUCUCCCAGGGUUUAAAUAUAAAUUAUUUUGUUAGACAUAUUUUUACACAUAACAUUUAUAUUUGUAUACCUGUUACUCGUGGAGUAAAUGGUUAUACUAUUUCGUUUAAAAUACGCAACAGGUAGAAGGAAGCGUUUUCGACCAUAUGAUAUUUGAUAAGAGAAUUCACCUGCCUGGUUUAAGUUAAACAAUUCUUUUGAUUUCGUUUUAUAUAAGUAGGCGGCACUAUUUAAAAAUCUGCAUUGUUGUAUGAGUAACGGGUAAGAAUCGUGCUGAAAUUUUAAAUAUUUUUUAAACAAUUUAUUUGACGGAUAACACAACAUAAGACUCCGAUCGAUGCCCGUACCCCUUAACUUUUUCUCAGGUCUCAGUCAUAGAAAUAAUUGCUCACUUUUACAUAAAAUUCGAGAUAUAGCCUUGCGAAUCGAAGUAGCCAGAUUAGAAAUUUAUGCUGAUAAAUGCAAUUUUUUGUUAAAAAAUUCUGCUGUCUUAUAAAUAUCCUGUAUUUCCUGUAUCUUGUAAACUUAUUCAGCAAAAUUUAGUAUUUGCCCACUAGACGAGAUUUGCAUCCCACUGAGCAAAUGUGAACCUCUUAUGAAGCUUCUAAAUCGCCGGAAUAUGACAAAACAUGAGCAAUCAAAGUUCCGAAACAAACUAUGCAACAUUGAUAAUUUUGCCCAUGAGCUAGUGCACAUGGUUUUCACCUGCUGCCCAAUGGUUGCUGGGGAUAAACUGCCAAAUAGCAGUGUCUGCGGGCAGAGUCCCCCGUCGUUAUAUAUCGUAGGUGGCAUGGAGGCACAGCCCAACCAGUUUCCCUGGACAGUCCUGCUGGGUUACAAUGCCUACUCAGCAGAGCGCCGCGGGCUGUCUCCCAUGUGUGCGGGCUCCUUGAUCGCCAGUCGCUAUGUGCUGACGGCAGCCCAUUGUUUGUCCGUGGAAGACUUCUAUGUGGCCAGUGUGCGCCUGGGCGAGCAUGACACCGAUAACGAUCCCGACUGCACCCGACUGCCGAAUGGAGCCAAAAAAUGCGCUCCAGCUUACGUGGACAUCGAUGUGGAUAAAAGGGUCCCGCACGAGCAGUACUCCAAGAGAAAUGAAAGCCACUACAACGACAUUGCUCUGUUGCGUCUAAAGAGUCGGGUGAAAUACACCCUUCAGAUCAGACCCAUUUGCAUUUGGCCUGGCAUUGAAUUGUCAAAUUCCUCCUUCGAAAACCAACCUUUUCAAAUUGCCGGCUGGGGCGAUUCUGGCCAGCAGCACAACAGCCCCGUACUGUUGCAAGGCACUAUCAGUGGAAUGAGUCCGGAUGAGUGCUUGAAUCGGUAUCCCACACUACGAGUCGAUAAGGACAUCCAUAUAUGUGCCAUGGGACGGGAUGGCACCGACACCGGACUGGGCGAUUCCGGUAGCCCGCUGAUGGCAUCGGUGGGCAGGGGUGCUGGUCAAUUUUAUUACUUAGCCGGAAUAACCUCCUACGGAGGGGGCCCCUCCAGUUACGGAUGUGGGCCAGCGGUUUACACGAAAACUUCCUCAUAUUAUGAGUGGAUAAAGAAGGAAAUUAAUAAGAUCGAUGUAGAUGAACUUAAAAUUAAGUACAAAUCGGUAAAAAUACUAAUUUAAUUUAACGAUAUUAAAUUGAAACUUGUUAUGCACGCAGAAAUGGAAUUUGUUCUUUGUUAACAAAACAACACCUAAACACUUAAGUAACGAAAGUAUACACUUAUCUUUAAAACAACUCCAGAUCUUACUUAGACCAACUCUAACUCCAUUAAGGUUGACUUAGACUCUAAAUCGAAAGAAUUCCUAGACUGAAGGAUAGUCUUAGUCAGCU